AUGUGGAAGGCGAAAGCUCGCCAAGCCGAAUUGCCCGAACUUGGCUUUCGCAAAUUGCAGAAAACUUGGGAUCUACCUUUGUGUAACACGUCUCUGUCCAGUCUACUUGAGUUGUUUCACGACGACGAGAUCAACAAAGCCCGCCUUCUUGCCCAGUCAACGCCGGAAGCUGGUGUCUGGCUCAACGCGCUGCCCUCCGCUCAUAUUGGCAACCUACUUGACGAUGAUACGCUCAAAAUCUCUGUCGGACUGAGACUUGGUGCUGUGAUCUGUGAUCCGCAUGAAUGUAUGAAGUGCCACAAACCAGUUGAUGGACAAGCGCAUCACGGCCUAUCGUGCCUUUUUUCGGCUGGCAGGCAUCCGCGCCAUGGUGCUCUCAACAGUAUUGUAUGCCGCGCCUUCGUCUCGGCUGGCAUCCCAGCUAAACUUGAACCACGCGGCACCUCUCACACGAGUGAACGACGUCCGGAUGGUUGUACAACCUUCGCGUGGAAAAGGGGAAUGUGCCUGGCGUGGGAUGUCACAUGCGUCGAUACUGUCGCUGCUUCCCAUGUCAAGUCCACUUCGACAAAGGCGGGAGCGGCCGCUAUUCUGGCGGAAGAAAAGAAGUCAAGAACGUACUUGUAUUUGAACGGCAGAUACAUUUUCGCCCCGAUAGCUUUCGAAACAAUGGGGUCGUGGGGACCAUCGGCUAUCGCCCUUAUCAAGGAGCUAGGAAAGCGCCUGCGGGACCACACAGGAGAAAAACGCUCGCAUGAAUUCCUCCGACAGCGACUUUCUCUGGAGAUACAACGGGGCAAUGCGGCGUCAGUCAUGGGUACAAUGGGGGAAGCGGAAAAGUUAAAUGAACUCUGGAUGUUAUAA